UACUGAUAAUGAACUUGAUGAUUUAUUAGAAAAUGAAUCUAAUAAAUCUGAUAUAGAAUUACAAUCUUCUAAUAAUAAUUCUACUUUAAUUUAUUCAUCUAAUGAUCUUAAUUUAAAAGAAAAUAAUUCAUUUAUUUCUACUAAAAGAAGAAAAAAAUUAAUAAGAAAAACUAGAUUAAAAAAAAGUUAUGUUUGGAAUUAUUUUAAUGAAAGUUUAUCUAAUAUUACUACAUGUCAAUUAAUAGAUUGUGGACAAGAUCUUGCAUAUCAUCAAAGUACUACUGCUAUGAAAACACAUCUUGCUGCAUUUCAUCAUAUUAUAAAAGCUAUAGUUGAAAAAAAUCAAGGUUCUUCUACUUCUCAACAAUUAUUACCUAACAUUUUAAGAACUGUUCAACCUUUACAAUUAGUUAAAGUUUCAGAUUUUAUUAAUUUUU